GCUCCUCCCCGCCGGGGACCGUGGCGGCCGCGGCGGAGCAGGCUUCGCUCCCCCUCGCUGCCGCCGGGGACCCCGCGCCCGCUCUCGCAGCCCGUUGUCAUGGAGGAGCCAAGAUGGCGGCGCUGGCCUACACCCUGGGCAAGCGGGAGAUCAACCACUACUUCAGCGUGAGGAGCGCCAAGACGCUGGCGCUGGGCGCCGUCCUGCUGCUCGCUGUCUGCCACGCCGCCUCGCGCCGCUACCGAGGUGAUGAUACGUGUGAGUAUCUUAUCUCCAGUGGGAGAUUUCUUGGAGAAAAAGUAUGGCAGCCCCACAGCUGUAUGAUGCACAAGUAUAAAAAUAGUGAAGCAAAAAACUGUCUCAUAGACAAAUACAUUGCAUUUGUAGGAGAUUCCAGAAUUCGGCAGUUGUUUUAUUCUUUUGUAAAACUCAUAAAUCCUCAAGUCAAGGAAGAAGGAAAUAAGCAUGGAAACAUUCCUUUUGAAGACACAUCUGCUUCAAUUAAAGUGGAUUUUCUAUGGUAUCCAGAAGUUAAUGGUUCCAUGAGGCAGCGCAUCAAAACUUGGACUGAGGGUUCUGCUGCAAAACCUCAUAUAAUUGUAGCAGGAGCAGCCACGUGGUCUAUCAAGAUACACAAUGGAAGCAAUGAAGCUCUUGCACAAUAUAAAGUCAAUAUCACUUCAAUUGCACCCCUUUUGGAAAAAUUAGCAAAGAGUAGUGAUGUUUACUGGGUCUUACAAGAUCCUGUCUAUGAAGAUCUGUUGAGUGAGAGUAGAAAAAUGAUCACUAACAAGAAAAUAGACGCUUUCAAUGAAGUGGCAGUCCGUAUUCUGAACAGCAGCUCCAGAAAUUCCAAAGAUAAAGUUAAAAUGUUCAGUGUAUCGAAACUGAUAGCACAAGAAACUAUCAUGAAGUCUUCAGAUGGCCUGCAUCUUCCCGAAUCAAGCAGAGAAAUGAACGCAAUGAUUCUUAUGAACGUCUGGUGUAACAAGAUUAUGAAGCCUAUUGAUGGUUCCUGCUGCCAGCCCCAGCCUCCCUUCACUCUGAUACAGAAGCUAGCAUUUUUCUUUUUUACUUUAUCGAUUAUUGGAUAUUUAAUUCUCAACUUAAUUCAUCGUAAUAAUCAUCGGAAGAACAAACCAUGCACCGAUUUGGAAAGUGGAGAGGAGAAAAAACCUGCUAUCAAUAUACCCAUUUCUACUCUAGAGCUGCUUUUACAGUCCUUCUGCAAGUUAGGUCUAAUCAUGGCCUAUUUCUAUCUUUGUGACAGAGCAAAUCUAUUCAUGAAGGAAAACAAAUUUUAUACACACUCCUUUUUCUUCAUACCCAUCAUCUACAUCUUGGUUUUGGGGGUUUUUUAUACCGAAAACACCAAAGAGACUAAGGUGUUAAAUAGAGAACAGACAGAUGAAUGGAAAGGCUGGAUGCAGCUUGUUAUUUUGAUUUAUCAUAUCUCUGGAGCAAGCACUUUUUUGCCUGUGUACAUGCACAUUCGAGUUCUGGUUGCUGCAUAUCUGUUCCAAACAGGUUAUGGGCAUUUCUCGUACUUUUGGAUAAAAGGAGACUUUGGAGUAUACAGAGUGUUUCAGGUUUUAUUUCGUCUCAAUUUCUUGGUUAUGGUGUUAUGCAUAGUGAUGGAUCGACCUUACCAGUUCUAUUACUUUGUUCCACUUGUCACUGUCUGGUUUAUGAUCAUCUAUGUUACAUUAGUAGUAUGGCCUCAGAUAGUCCAGAAGAAAGCAAACGGCAACUGCUUCUGGCACUUCGGCUUACUGCUGAAACUAAUUUGCUUACUCAUGUGUAUAUAUUUUCUGUCAUAUUCUCAGGGUGCAUUUGAGAAGAUAUUUUCUCUGUGGCCAUUGUCCAAGUGUUUUGAGCUGAAUGGAAAUGUCUAUGAAUGGUGGUUUAGAUGGAAGUUAGACCGCUAUGUUGUCUUUCAUGGCAUGUUGUUUGCUUUUAUCUACCUGGCGUUACAGAAGCGACAGGUGCUUUCAGAGGGGAAAGGCGAGCCUCUCUUCUCCAACAGAGUUUCAAAUGUUUUAUUAUUUAUUUCAGUGGUUUCCUUUUUGACCUACUCUAUCUGGGCUAGUAGCUGUAAAAAUAAAACUGAGUGCAAUGAACUGCAUCCUUCUGUUUCUGUGGUGCAGAUUUUAGCUUUCAUCCUCAUCAGGAACAUUCCUGGAUAUAUCCGUUCUGUAUAUAGCUCAUUCUUUGCCUGGUUUGGUAAAAUAUCUUUGGAGUUAUUCAUCUGCCAAUACCACAUCUGGCUGGCAGCAGAUACAAAGGGAAUCUUGGUACUCAUUCCUGGAUAUCCUAUGCUUAACAUCAUUGUCAGCACUUUUAUAUUUGUGUGUGUGGCGCACGAAAUUUCUCAGAUCACCAAUGAUCUAGCACAGAUUGUCAUUCCUAAAGAUAAUGCAACUCUUUUGAAAAGGUUGCUGUGCAUAGCUGGAUUUUUUUCUGGACUCCUCUUCCUGUCAGCAGUUCAAGAUCAAUCAAGGCAUUAAUUUCAAGAGAUACUUUGAAACUUAUUUCAGGCUUAUUUUGUAUCUGCCUGAACAAAAAUAACCAACUGGAGGUACAACAAAACCACUUGUAUGUUGCUGAGCAGCACAAGAAGACAUUUAAAUGAAGUAUAUUGAACAUGUAUAUAGUGGAAAUGUACAUAUGUUAUGUGGAAAUCUCUUCAAGGAACCUGAGAAACAGGAAUGCACUGUACAGAAUUGCAUGUGAAAAUUUUUUUCUACUGGAUAUAUAUUUCUGUUUACAUAUCUAUUUUAACAUAACAUGAAGAAGUUAAAUAGGUGGCUUGGCAACAUCAAUUAGAGAUCGUUGAAUUAACUUUUCUUGAGACCACUAAAUGGUGGAUAUUUACUGAUGUACUACAGCUAAGACAUAAGAUGUGCUUUAAGUGUACUCCAUUAGGAACUGUUUUGUUAACAGCAAAGUGGACUUGAUAUAUGACUUCCUAGUAAAUGACUGUUUUAUAGCUGAAUUUGGAAUAUGAAGUUACCUUCCUGGUCAUCCCAGGAACCAAGUGUUAACUCAUCAUUUAGGGAUGAAUAUUUUGGAUGUAGCAAGCAUGUACUAUAUGAAACCCUUUAUCCAAUCAACAAAAAAAAGCAGCAGCUUAAAGUGAUUGCACUUAGAAUUAUACCCAGAUUUGCAUCAAACAUCAUGUUUUUACUGAAGACAAUUUUCAGCAAAUAUUCUUUAGCUCUAGUAACUAGAUCAUUAAGAAUGCUUAAGUAAUUUUAUUUUUACUUUCUAAAAGUAUGUUUGUGUUUUCAUCAGUUAAAAAACUGAUUCUACAAUAUUAAUACAGUCCUGGUGAAAAACAGAUGAUAAGCAAGCUUCAGAUUCAGCCAAAUAUUAAACAUUCCCAUCCUUUUCUUAUCGCAUCUAACCCAACCAUACCUACUACUUCAGGUUUUAUGAAGAAGGGGAAAUUAGAGGCACAAUAGUUUCAGAACCCCCACAUCGCAAAUAACUUGAAUAAAAUUUCACUUUGGAACUGUAUUAGAUUCUGCAGUAAUGUUUUCAGUGAAAAAAUGAAGAACCAACCUGAUGAAUAGCAUGAAGAAAAGGGGUUGAGCGAGUGGUUGGUCUGGCUAGCAGCAUUGGGUACCUCUUUAAAUUAGGAGAGAGAGAAGACUGAGGGCCUCUUGGGGGCACUGGCUUUUCUAUCUAUAUUUAGCAGUCUCAUUCCUCCUUUGUGAUUCAAGGUCAGAAUCUAACGCUUCAUUUUAUUCUCUUUAUUAUGAAUCUCCUAAUAAAGUAAAACUGAAAGGAAUAGCACUUCAAAUUAGAAAUGGCAGGUUUGUAAUUUACAUUCUGCAGAAUCAGUGGAACUUGAUUAUGCUUUCAUCUUUUGAACUAUAUAUAAUAUUGGUUCAGCCUCCAGAUAUUUUGAGGAGGUUGGUUUCAAUAAUGCUUUGAGAUUGUCACUUGUUGGCUUCAUUCUGCUGCUGCUGAAUACUGUUUAGCACUUGAACAAUGAAUACAGUAUUGUUUUCUAUGUCAUGUACAAUGCUAUAUAAUGAUUUUUAAGUUAUACAUUAAGUAUUCUGAGAUGUAUUUUCUGAUACGGUCUCAGCUGAAUUGUGGAGUGUGGACUUGCUAAGUUAUCUGUGUCUGCAGAACUUUCUAGCAGUGAAAUAGCUGCAAAAUUGUUUCAGUAAAGAAAAUAAUUCUGUAAGAAUGAUGGACCCAGUGGUGAGCUUUAAAAAAAAAAAAAAAAAGCUAAUAUUCAAUAGUGUACUCUUACUGCAUUAUUUAGCAACCUUGUUGGGUCUAUUGCCUAGUCUGACAAGCUGGAGAAAAUAUACUCAAUGCUUUCUCAGUUACUUGUUCUUUGUGUAUGUUGUUUCCAGUGUUUUGAAAACUCUUAGUCACUAAUUGGGACAUCUGAUUUACAGAAAAAAUGGUUAUAGCUGAACACUGUUGAGCUGGUUCAGGGUUUUAAUGCAGAGGUUGCAUGCAGCCUUCAUUAGGAGGAAAGGGGGUGAGUUUGGAGGAAUUGUUUUGUUUUGUUCUUCACAAACUAAGUAUUGUAGAUAUUUUGUUUAUCUGUUGUACAGAUUUGUUUAAAAAUUAUUUUUAAUGUUUGAAAUAAUGCACUUGUUUGCUAUUACUGUAUGUGGGAUAAAUAUAUUUUCUUUUAAGGUUAUGUGAAAAUAUGAAGUAAUUUAAACAUUAAAUAAAUGUGCUGUGGAUGCUUACUUUGUAAUGGAAGGAGCAUCAAUAAAGUAAAGGGUGUUUUU